UUUAUUCAGAUGGCAUGGUCGGAGGAGCUGCAGCCUUGGCAGCAACUCCCUGCUAAUACACCAUAUUUGAAUGAGAUAAAAGAAGCUAUCGAGGCUUUGUACAAACAUCCAGAUAAAACCGUUAGAUCUCAAGCAGAGACUUGGCUGCUUCAGCAACAGAACCUCCCAAUAUCAUGGCAGGCUGGAUGGACCCUGUUGCAGCCAGAUAAGAGUGUGGAGGAGCAAUAUUUUGGAGCACAUUUUAUUCACCACAAAAUAUCUCAAUGUUGGAACACUAUCAACAUCGAACAUUUCCAAAACCUCCUUCAAGUUCUUUUCCAGAAGCUUAUUGAUUACAGAAAAGGGCCCACAAUAGUACGGACCAGACUAUCAGUAGCAGUUGCAGCUUUUAUACUCCAUGCAAUGCAAGGUCCUUGGCCGGGUGCUAUAGGACACACUAUAAAGUAUCUCAAGGCACAGGGUGGAGUUGAAAUUGCUUUACAGGUUCUAGUCCUGAUACCUGAGGAAUUCACUUCAAUAACUUUCACAGCCCAAUCGAAGUCCAUAAUACGUUGUCAAGCUAAAGCGGCAGUAAUUGAAGUGUUGGAGUUCAUAUCAGAGUGUAACACAGUUCCAGCUUAUAAAGAAGUCUCCCUGAAUGUGUUCAACAGUUGGGUUACAUUCGAGCUUCCAGUACAGGAAUCUGCUCUUUUAGUUGAUAAAAUGUUCGAAGAUUUGCCGAACCUGGCACUGUUUGACAUUAUAGUGGAUUGUCUGGUAAACUUUCUCCGGCAGCCAAUCACCUUGAGUUUCCCUAAUACUGUGUGGAAUAUUAUAGGAAAGGUAGCACAGCUGCAACCAAUGCUGGGUCAGGCAUUACAGAGUGAUGAUAUGAGCAUAUGCCAAGGCAUUUGUCAGAUAUUACUAGCUAUAACAGAUACGUACACAAAGCUGCUGCUAAAUACCUCACGACCAGACAGGAUAUCUUUGGUUAGCUGUCUUAUUGGCAUGGUAUUAGAGUGCACUGGCGUCCCUGGCCACUUUCCAAUUGAUGAGAACUUUAGUGAUACUACACUUCAGUUUUGGUUUAAUUUUGGAGAUGAUAUAAUAUCAGAAGAAGCGGACCAUAGUAAGAGGCUACUGUCAAUGUACAGUGGUGUGUUCAGAAAACUAGUUGAAGUUUUGUUGCGUAAGAUAAUGUACCCGUCUGACGAUGCCUGGCAAUCCUGGAGCGACGAUCAGAGAUCAGAGUUUGAGAAUUACCGAAAAGAGGUUGGAGAUACAAUACUGUACAUCCAGUCGUUUGUUCCCGACUGUAUGACCGUCUUGAUACAGGAGUAUUUAGCUUGUCAGUCGCGCAAUACCAGCUGGCAGAAGAUCGAGGCCACUCUUUUCAUGUUCAGGAGUGUCGCAGAAACGGUAUAUGACGAGACUACAAGUGAAGGCAACACAACAGGACAGAUUAUAUCCACAGUGAUUGAGUCCCUACCCUCCCUACCUUCCCACCCCAAGAUAUCGCGCACUGCACUGCUCCUUUGUGGCGCGUACAGUGAGUGGCUGCGCAACCAUCCUGAGAGACUGUUCCCCGCCGUUAAAGUUCUCCUGUCUAAUGUCAAUGAUGUAGCACUCGCUCCUUCAGCUGUAAUGGCGUUUAGAGACCUCUGUAUCGAGUGCACGGAUAUCCUUGCUCCUGAAAUGGAACUCCUUGUAGAACCUUUCUUCAGCGUUUACCAAAACCCCACCAUUAAAAACAGAGAGAAGAUCAGACUGUGCUGGUCACUCUGCACUCUCUGUUCACAAGUGCCACAAGACAAGCUGGCUAAAUACCUCAGUACUUUACUGUCACCAAGUUGCACCAAGAUAAAAGAGCUCUCCUUAAAACCGACCGCAGCAAAGGAAGACCAGACGUUAGUAAAGCUGGAGCUGGGGAUGAUAAACUCAGCCUUUCACGGCGUGUCAGUACCCCACACGUCAGCAGAGCCGUUACUGGAGCUACUCAAGGAAGUGUGGGAUCCUCUCAAGGCUAUCCUCGUCUUGUGGUCUACAGAUGAGGUGAUAAUAGAUGAGCUGACAAAGUGUUACUGGCACGCAAUCAACACCCUGGGACCUCUGUUCGACCCCUACAUUGAACCUCUAGUGGACAUGUUGUGCCAGUGCUAUGAGAAACAUCAGUACGCCUGCUUGCUCGAGAGUUGCGCGCAAGGUCUGUUGAACAUUUACAGCUCUGAAAAGCCGGAUCUGAUAGCAGGAAUGUUGCAGCGACUGAGUAAUACCACAUUCCUCCUGUUUAGCAGAGCUAUGUCAGAUCACCCCGAUAUUGUACAAGCUUUCUUCUCGCUUCACUUGUGUGCCCUCAGGGCUCAACCUCAGAUAGUUUAUCGAAGAGAGAGCAAUUGUAAAGCAGUUCUCAGGGCAGCUAUGACUGCUAUAACGAUGCAGGAAUACCAUACUGUCAAAGAGGUCAGUAGAUGGUUAGUGGAGUUUAUAGGACACUACCCCUCCUCAAACACGGUGGAAGAGGCGAUUGCCUCACAGUUUACAUUCCUUAUAACAGAGCUGCUUCGUGGAAUUGGGACCGCGUCCCCCUCCUCAACUGUUGAGUUUUUAGGAGAUUUGUUCAAUCCUCUCUGUAGAAUGUGUCCAGAUCAACUACGUGAGACUCUAAAAGCUACUCUAGCUACAGAAAACUUCCCUACAAAACACAUUACUCGGGAGUCCAAAGAAACGUUCGUGUCUUCUGUUUUGAAAAGCAGUCAUCAGAAGCGUAAACUUAAAGUCGUCAUCAAAGAAUUCUCGCUAGAAUGUAGAGGUUAUAAUAACAACUCAGUAAGGUAGCAGUAAUGGAAACAAAUGGUUGUCUGUUAUCAGAAAUGGAGUCGCAGCUCAAGAAGAUGUAUAAAUGAGUGGUGACGAUCAAGUACGGAUUUUGUAAAUAAUCUAAUUGUAGCUGUUAUUUAUUGGAAAAUUUGUGAAAUAUUGGGAGUUCAGUUGUGCAACUAACAAUGACUUUAAUUAAUAACAGUAAUAAGCUUAUCUUAAUAAUGAA